AAAAAUAUGACUACAUUUGAAAAUAUUCGGAUAUGGACUUUAUAAAUUUUGUUGUCCUUUUCAUUUUAUUAGUAUACAAAUUUUCUAAAGUACUAACUUACGAUCAUGUAACAACAUGCGCAGUGUCGUCUACCAUUGGAGAGUCUGUUCCUUAUGACUUUAAAGAUUUGCUGGACAGUAGUACUGGCGCAGUAUACAUGGUAGAAGACGAGAACUUCCAAGUGAAAUGUUGUGGUGUAAUAUCAUACUGGGAGAUAAAUGCUCGAUCUCUGGCCACCAUUCAUUUACACGUAUGGAGAAGGUUGUCGUCAAACUCAUAUGAACUGGUUGGGUUCAAUACUGUUACACCCAUGGAUGUUGGCCAUUUUGAAUACGAUGUUCCUAUCUCGGAGAGGAUUAGUGUAAAACAUGGUGACUACAUAGGAUGGUUCACAGCGGGUUCAGAGGUGAUUUCGUACAACGAGCAUAGUUCAUACCCAAUCAUGAACAGAAAGUUUACGGGACAGACUAGUUUUACUGUUGGAGAGACUAGAGACUGGACUACUAGUAGAAAUACUAUAACAAACAGACAGUUUGCUAUUGGUGCCCGGACGGCCUCAGGUGAUACUCCAACUCUGAAUAUUGGUACCAAUUAUGAAAUGACUAUUGACGAAUCAACAGUUGUUGGUACAGCGAUACUCACCCUAUCCGUGGUCGAUGACGAUGUCUCAGAUAUACAUACCAUUAACGUACUCAGCACAGAUAAUGGAUACUUUGAGCUCAAUUCUUUGGCGCUGGAGACACUACAAGAUGAGAUACCAGAAGCCACUUAUAUAAUGGAACUAGAAGUUAUAGAUGAGUGUUACCACACCUCAACAUCAACUGUUGCCAUAACAGUUCAAAACACUUUAUCCCUGUGUGUUGUCAUACCUUUUGGUUUAAAACGUUGUCAAACAGCUAUUGGAAUGAACAAUAGGUCUGAUCAUAAAACUGCAUUGUAG